AUGGCCACAACAACGGUCCAGACAGAGACUUCUGUCGCCAUCUUCCCGGACCAGAUCAGGCUCGAAGCAUCCCCAUCGCCCGAGUUGCCGGAUAUCCCCUUGCCUCCUCCAUCGAAAAAUCCGACACAGAUCUUGAGCGCUGAUAAGGGGACGCCAGACGAACAUGUUCCUCGGGAUCCGCGUCUUAUCAGGUUAACGGGUGUUCAUCCGUUCAAUGUCGAGCCGCCGCUUACGGACUUGUAUAAGGAGGGCUUCUUAACAUCACCGGAGCUUUUCUAUGUCAGAAAUCAUGGCCCAGUACCAUAUGUCCGUGACGAAGAUAUUCCCAACUGGGAGAUCUCUAUUGAAGGACUCGUCGAGAACCCCCUGACCCUCAACUUCCGAGAAAUCCUACAACAAUUCGACCAAGUCACAUCCCCCAUUACCCUCGUCUGCGCCGGAAAUCGACGGAAAGAACAGAACAUAGUACGGAAGUCAAAGGGUUUCUCAUGGGGCCCUGCCGGUCUCUCGACGGCAUUGUUCACAGGCCCGAUGAUGGCGGAUGUGUUGAAGGCCGCGAAGCCGCUUCGAAAAGCCAAGUACCUGUGCAUGGAGGGUGCGGAUAAACUGCCUAACGGCCACUAUGGAACAUCCAUUAAAUUGAAUUGGGCCAUGGACCCUAACAGGGGGAUCAUGCUUGCGCAUAAGAUGAAUGGAGAGGCUCUCCGGCCGGAUCACGGCCGCCCCCUCAGAGCCGUUGUACCAGGUCAAAUCGGAGGCCGGAGUGUCAAGUGGUUGAAGAGAUUGACCCUUACCGACGCCCCUAGUGACAAUUGGUACCACAUCUAUGAUAACAGAGUGUUGCCGACAUCGGUCUCCCCCGACGAAGCAUCGAGUAACCCAAAAUGGUGGACAGACGACCGAUAUGCCAUUUACGACCUCAAUGUCAACUCUGCCGCCGUAUAUCCCCAACAUAAUGAAGAACUAGAACUCUCAUCAGCCAGUCCCACAUACACAGCCAAAGGCUAUGCAUACGCAGGUGGUGGACGACGAAUCACAAGAGUCGAAAUCUCCCUUGACAAAGGCAAAUCCUGGCGCCUAGCAAACAUUGAAUACGCCGAAGACAAAUACCGCGACUUCGAAGGCAACCUCUUCGGCGGCAAAGUCGACAUGUACUGGCGUGAAACAUGUUUCUGCUGGUGCUUCUGGUCCCUAGACAUCGCAAUCACCGAGCUCGAAAACAGCUCCGCAAUCCUUGUUCGCGCAAUGGAUGAAUCCCUGGCCAUUCAACCCCGCGAUAUGUACUGGUCGGUUCUGGGGAUGAUGAAUAACCCUUGGUUCCGGGUUGCUAUUACGAAAGAAGAUGGUAUCUUGAAGUUUGAGCAUCCGUCGCAUCCGGUUUUGCCUGGGGGUUGGAUGGAGCGGGUUAAGAAGGCUGGGGGUGAGUUGACGAAUGGGAAUUGGGGUGAGGGACAGGAAGGGGAGGAGCUGGUGGUGCCGGAGCCGGUGCAGGAGAUUAAUAUGAAGAAGGAUGGGCUGAACAAGGAGAUCAGCCUGCAGGAGUUGCAGACCCAGAGUGCUAAUGGUGUGCCUUGGUUUGUUGUCAAUGGGGAGGUGUAUGAUGGCACAGGGUUCUUGGAGGGUCAUCCCGGUGGUGCGCAGAGUAUCAUUUCAUCUGCUGGACAGGAUGUUUCUGAUGAAUUCAACGAGAUUCACAGCGAAACGGCAAAGAAGAUGAUGCCCGACUACCACAUCGGAACACUAAACCCAACAGACCUAGCCGCCCUAAAAAACACCACUCCCCAAGAAGAAUCCUCCACCGAAUUUCGUCCAACAUUCCUUCAGCCCCGCUCAUGGACAAAAGCCACUCUCUCAGCAAUCAAAAAGGUCUCCUGGGACACCCGCAUCUUCACCCUCAAACUCGAACAUGAAAAACAGAAUUUAGGCCUCCCUAUCGGCCAGCAUUUCAUGAUAAAGGUCACCGACCCGUCAACCCGCGAAUCAAUCAUCCGAUCAUACACCCCCAUCUCCGAAACCGAAAAAGAAGGAUUCGUCGACCUGCUUGUCAAGAUCUACUUCGCAACACCCACGAUACCCGGCGGAAAGAUGACCCUGGCCUUAGAAGCCCUCCCCCUAGAAUCAAUCAUCGAAUGCAAAGGCCCAACAGGCCGCUUCGAGUACCUCGGAAACGGCCAGGUCCUCAUCAGCGGCAGACAGCGCCACAUACGCUCCUUUAAGAUGAUCUGUGGAGGAACAGGCAUCACGCCCAUUUUCCAGGUCCUGCGCGCAGUCAUGCAGGACACAUCUGAUCCGACGAGCUGCGUUGUACUUGACGGAAACAGGCAAGAAGAGGAUAUCCUUUGCCGCGACGAGCUUGAUGCGUUUGAAGCGGUGAAUGGGGAGAAGUGCCAGAUUAUCCAUACGCUGAGCAAAGCGUCAAAUGCCUGGACUGGGAGAAGGGGGCGGAUUUCGGAGGAGCUGUUGAGGGAGUAUGCGCCUGCUGAUAGUGAGAGCAUGGUGCUUAUUUGUGGGCCCGGGGCUAUGGAGAAGUCUGCGAAGGAAAUUCUUUUGGGGACGGGAUGGGAUGAGUCGAGUUUGCACUUUUUUUGA